AUGGCAGUGCAAGUUCGUGUGCCUCGUGCCCACCAUGACGAGCUGUCCAGCAGCCAGAUACCCUUGCGGAAAUUCAUGGAACAAGGUGGAGAGAAACUGAGACAUAUGUGUGGCUUGCAUACUCCUAAUGAUUUCACUCUUCCCAAACAUGUGGAGCGGAUAGCUCGGAGCCUAAAGUUUAGGUUUGCAAAAGCGGUGUUUCGAGUAGAUUCAAUCGCAAGGCUUGACGUUCGAUGUGGUAAGCCUUGGCAUAAGGUAACGAACCACCAAGAUCUGAGCUGGCAAGUUACCAUACGGCCGUCAAUAGCGGACACAAACAUCCACGAAGACUCCUCGAAUGAGAUGGUGAGAUACCUGAGGCUCAAAUCUGCUAAAAUUAAGAAACCAUGUGCGAGUCAUCUGUGCCCUCAAGGCUUACUCCAGGGAAUGAUCGUAGAAUUAUUGCAGUACUCGCUGUGCAACCCUGGAAGGAGUCAAAGUAGCUCCUCCCACCUGCUACUAGAUGUCCGUAGGAUGCCGAUACGAGAAAAUGUUGAAGAAUACGGGACUGCGGUAAAGGAGUCUAUUGACGAAACCAAACUCGUAACCGUAUGGAAGAUUCCUUUGAGUUCAGCCACACCCGUUUCGUCGUCGUGUCAUGCUGAACAUGUACAAGUUUCGACAAAAGAGUUGCGAGGUCGUAGCUUAUUCGAUCGCGAUGAGGGUGCCGUACGGCCGGAUCACUCAUCGCUUGGCGAAAUUUCGGUCCAGUCCAAGUACCGAAGACUACCUCUCCAUCGCCGCUCAACUCGCAAAGGGCACCUAUGUCAGGUUAGUUUUCGAGGCCCCAGCAGCCCUGCGCCGAACAUCAUACCAUACUCGCGCAAGAGAACAUGCAUGACCAGAACCCCAGCAGAGCACUUCCAAGAGCUACCUAUCUUCCCACUCGUUCAAUUCGUCAACUCUCUCCCAUCUACUGAUCCGCUUUCCGUUUCUUUGGCGUACCUUGAACCCUGGGUCCUACAAUACGCAUGCUCGUGUUCUUCUGGAACGGACGGAGUCUUCCAUCCAGCCUUGCUAUUCUUACACGCCAAUAGCUCCAUAUAUCGAGGCCCUAACCCCUUGGAGAUAUCACAAGCUCCGGAGUUGUUGCAACUCCCACUCGCAAGGGCCUCUCUGGGGGGUAAAUCAGUAUUUAUUGGUGGCCACCCAUGCCUGGAAACAGUAUCACAUUUGGUGGUUGAGCAGCUCUCCACUCAAGGCCCUCUUCGAGGUAGCCAACCGCUAGAGGCUAUGUGUUAUAGGUCGAGACAGGAUCAUCCCGGCUGCCCCCACUCCGACCUUCCACUAACUGCUGGCGCAAUAUAUUGCCAAAAUAGGCUCUCCCAUUAUUCUACUGAACUUCUUAAGCAUCUCAUCGGCAGCCGACUUUCUUCCAUCCUCGCGCAUGUAAAAAUCUCGCUCUAUGGGCGAUCACUUCUACAUUCUAACACCAGAGACCCUGCAUCUUGUUUCCGUGGACAGCAAGAGUGGUCCCUCCAGCAUACCAUCCUGUGGAGAUAUGUACUUUUCCUUUCACGGCGCGGAGCUGUUUUUAAUACGGCAUCGACAGUCAAUGGCCAGCAAGGCCGAAACAAGAGAUCCAUCCAACGACGCUCUAACACCACUGCAGAUGUAAACCCGGAGAUAUGUCUUUGCGUCCGCAUCCACCUCUCCCCCCGUACUGACGGUAAAUUAGCCGUCCCUGACGUACCUCAAAUAAACAGCCAUACACAGCCUCCGAAACAGGCACAGCCAGCCCUUCCAGGCGUUUGGAGCCGGGAUGUGAGAUCGAGUGACAAGGAUCAUCUAAGUGCUGACCGUUCAUUUGGAACUGCAUACUGGGCGAACAUCAAACUUCAAGAGAUGAAAGAAAAGAACUGCCGAAACACCAUAUAUGGGGGUAGAAUAGCGUCAGACGCAUUUUGGUACCUGAGACGGCUACCGCCUGAUUCUAUGCAUAGCGAUUUGAAGGCGUCCACUGCCUUGCAAAGAAAAGUAUCGACCUUUCGCAGCGUUCAUAGCCCUGGGAACAAGUUCCCGGGGUUUACGCGAAUUUCCCUGAAAUUCUUUAGAGAUUUUGUGAUUUUUACCUCACAUCGCAUCGUGAAUCCGGUCAAUCUCUCCUCUUUCUUCGCCCAUCUCUUCCACUAUCCUAUGCAGCAUGUUCUCGCGAACAUGGAAAAUUGCCAGCGUAACGCGAUAUCAACAGCAUACAAAUUUCCUCCAAAAUGCCCCCCUCCACACAUCUCUCCCGAAAUCUCUCUCAGACGAUCAUCUCUCUGCGGGUCAAACUCUCCCAACCCAACCUUGACGGUCGACGCGAAACUGACUAGCCGAUGUAUUCUCGAAGCGUCAAAGAGAACGAUAACCUCAGUGCAAUACCCUGGACUAAUACUUUGUAUCACCAUGAGAGUAGAGAGAAUACUGAAAAUGACGACCUCGUCUCCAGCUCAUACUUAUCAUGCCGUCAGUGUUUUAGUGAAUGACGAGACCAGCAUCCUUACAACUUCUAUUUAUUCUAUUCCAUAUCACAACAUUAAAAACUCUUGUAUCCAUACACGCUAUUACCAUCUUACUCGCUCAGAAAAAUACAAGACAACCAAUGCCCUCCACUUCAUCCCCUCUCAUCCCUCCUCAUUUCAUGUUAGGUCAUAG